CGAUUAUAAUGUAGCACGAGAUGUUUCUAUUAUUACUUCGCCAUAUUGGCUCAGUGUAUGUGUAGAAUAGUUAUAAAUAUAUACCAUGCUUCGCUUAGUUCUACGAAAAACACAUAUUUCUUUGAGGCGGUGUCUGCUUGCUAAUUAAAGUAUAAAUUGCACUGUGAAUCCACCACGAUGGCGGAACGAGGAGCACAUCUGACCACAGCAGCAGCUGAAGGCAGACCAUCUAUUUUUGAGGUUUUAGCUCAGGACUCUUUGAUGAACGCAGUUAAACCUGCACUUGAGCACGCUGUUAAAAUUCUGGCUGAAUCCAACCCUGCUCGCUAUGGAGUCCUCUGGAGGAAGUUUGAUGAGAUUUACGCCAUCCUUGACCUUCUGCUGCAGCACCACUUCCUGCUGCAUACCAGCUCCUCCUUUUCCGAGAACUUCUACGGGCUAAAGCGUGUAGGUCCAGACGACAGCAGACGUGCGCAUCAUGGCCUCGGCCACAGACGACACCUGCGCUCUCUGCUUCUCCUAGUGCUCCUCCCUUACCUCCGAACCAAACUGGAGAAGGUUCUGGCUCGUCAGAGAGACGAGGACGACUUCUCGAUACGGAUGCCCCAGUCCCUUGCUCAGAAGAUGUACAGGGCCUUCUUGGCUGCCUAUCCUUAUGUUUGUAUGGUGUGGGAUGGCUGGAGUUUUUGCCAUCAACUGCUGUACGUUUUUGGCAAUGCGCGCACACAUUCGCCCCUGCUAUGGCUGGCAGGAGUUAGAUUGUCCCAUUUGACAGUUCAGGACAUUCACAGCUUGGAUCUUAAGCCAGUGGGGCGAGCACUGACCUCGAGCCAAAGCUUUGGAGGACGGCUACAGCGCGUCUUUUCCACAGUGGUUGGCAACGUUGCCAUGUCCCUCUCCACUGGUCUGUCUAUGGGAGUGUUUUUCCUGCAGUUCUUAGAGUGGUGGUACUCCUCAGAGAACCAGACCACCAUGAAGUCUCUCACCUCUCUCCCUACACCUCCACCCCCACUUCACCUGGAGGACCAGGACGCUGCACCAAUGCACAGCAAAGUGUGCCCGCUUUGUAGGAAAGUGCGCAGUAAUGACACGGCCCUGGCCACCUCGGGCUACGUUUUCUGUUACCGUUGCAUUUAUACGCACGUGAAGACUAACCACAGGUGUCCGCUAACAGGCUACCCGUCUGAACUCCAGCACUUAAUCAAGCUCUAUUCUCCAGAGGCGUAGACCAAACUGAUCAUGUGACCACACCUGCUGGGAAUUUUUUUUUUUAAGUGAGUCCGAUCAUAUGACUCAUUUUUAAAUAAACCCGACAAAGUUUGAUAUUAUGAUUAGUCAUUGUCCAUCUUUGACUAGUCGUUUCAUUGUUUAGUGAAAUAUCUUUUAGUUAACUUUUACAUAUGCGAUUAUGAGCCUGAAUCAGAAAUGUAUUCCACACAUGCACUGAUAAAACAGUAAGUGUCCCUGAAUUGUCUUUGUUCUAGAUUUAUGUUGAUUAAUUCUGAUAACUGAUCACAUCCGAUAAUACACUUAUAGAUUCCACCACUAAUUUUAAAGCAUUCCAAGACCUCUAAUUUGCCUACAAUCGCAGUUUUUAUCCCCCGCUGGCUGAAAGGCCCGAAGGGGGAUUAUGUCGUGGCGACGUCCAUCCAUCCAUCCAUCCUGGGAAGGGUACUCACCUUCUGAAAUCAACUCCUCUCACAAUUUUUUGAGGAAUUUCACGCAACUUGGCAGGAUUCUUUGUUAUAUGUCGGUAAUACGCAUAUUGUAAUUUUGUUAAAUUGGGUCAAAUUUUACGAGCGUUACAGCCCUUGAUUAACAAAAGUAUACUUUGA